AUGACAGGGCAGUGGAGGAUUUCUCGAGUAGAGGUGUCCCACUCACACCCGCUUAAUCCGAAGCUAUCUGGAAUGUUCUCAGCAAACCGUCAGCUAAGUAUGCAUGUGAAGGACCUGAUACAGCAAAACGACCAAGCUGGCAUUAGACCGAGUAAGAUGUACCAGGCACUAGCCAAUGCCGCCGGUGGCCCUGCCAACCUCACCUUUACGGAGAAGGAUGUUAGAAAUUAUAUUAGUCGUCACUUACGCAUUUCCGGGGAUAAGACGGAUCCAAAAGAGUUACUUAAGCACUUCUCACGAAUGAAGGAGCUCAAUCCAAACUUUUUCUUUGAAAUAGAUGUGGAUGAAAACCAUAACCUUAGAAAUGUGUUUUGGGCCGAUGCUCGGUGUAGAGCUGCAUGGGAAUAUUUUGGUGAUGUCGUGACGUUUGACACUACUUACAAGACUAAUAGGUACGACAUGCCGUUUGAGUCUUUCGUAGGUGUCAACCACCAUGGGAUGUCUACGCUUCUUGGGUGUGCAUUAUUGCGGAAUGAGGAUACUCUAUUUUUCAAGGACAAAUUCUGGGUUGGCAUGAGGAGCACACAGCGUAGUGAGAGCAUGCAUUCAGUUUUCGAUAAGUACUUAAACAGUAAGAGCUUUUUGUUGCAAUUUGUUCGCCAAUACCAACACUGUAUUAUAGACAAUGAGCAAAAGGAGCUUGAGUGUGAUGCUGCUGAUUUAAGGGGGAUUAUCCCUUGUGUUUCCAGCUCACCAAUAGAGAAGCAGUUUCAGAAAAAAUAUACAAACUCCAUAUUUCGAGACGUUCAGGAUCAAUUUAUAAAAAAAGCCGAUUGUAACACAGAAAUAGGGGUGUCAGACGGGGAAGCCCGCCCCGCCUAUUCAGGCGGUCCCAAAAUCCUAGCCCGCCCCGCUUAA